GCCUCGGUCACUCCCUCCGCCUCCGCCGUUGCCUCCUCGACCACCAGCAGCAGCAGCAGCAGCGCGACAGGCGGCCGUGUCGAGAUCGUCAACAAUCUGAACCACACCAUCUACGCCUGGUCCGUCUCCAACACGCAGGGCGAGAUGCAGACCCUCGUCCCCGCCGGCGGCACCUUCACCGAGAGCUGGCGCACCAACCCGGACGGCGGCGGUAUCUCCAUCAAGCUGUCGUCGACCACGGAAGUGAGCAAGGUGCUGCAGUUCGAGUACACCGCCGAGAGCGAGACCGUCUGGUGGGACCUGUCCUGCAUUAACAUGGAGAAGAACUCGUGGUUCACCGAAUACGGCUUCUCCGCCGUCCCCAGCGUCGAGUCGUGUCCGUCGGCCAAGUGCGCCGCCGGCGACAGCGACUGCUCCGAGGCGUACCAGAACCCCGACGAUGUCGACACCCUCAGCUGUUCGUCGGACAGUGUGAUCAAGCUGGUUCUGGGCUGA